UCGUCUUGAAAUUUCUUCCACAUUCCAAUCUGAAAAUCCGAUCGGUGAGAGAAAGAGAAACCCUAAAUUCGAAGGGGCUCACUAUACCUCUCGACAGUCUCAUGAUCAUCGAGUUUCCCUUCUUUGACACUCGGUAUUUUACUUCUCUUGAUUCUCUCAAUCUGUUGUUUUCUAGGGCAUCGUUCGGGAUUUGAUUGCCUGAGGGAAAAAUGGAUGGAAACAAAGACGAUGCGUUGAAGUGCCUGAAAAUCUGCAAGGAUGCGAUCAAAGCCGGAGAUCGACCUCGAGCUUUGAAAUUCCUCUCCAAAGCUCGUCGUCUUGAUCCAGAUCUCCCGAUCGAUGAUCUCGUAUCUGAGCUCAAUAACCAGGCACAUGAACCAGGGUCUGGGAAAUCGCCUGGAUCUGCCGCCGCAAAAGACUCGACCAGUUCUUCAGAUCGGCCUUCUUUACGCCAACGCGGAUCGUCGACGACUUCAUCGUCUUCUUCAAUGUCAUACACCGAAGAACAGAUCUCUGUCGUCAGAAAGAUAAAAUCGAAGAAAGAUUAUUACGAGAUCUUAGGUCUUGAAAGCAAUUGUUCAGUGGACGAUGUGAGGAAAGCGUACAGGAAACUCUCGUUGAAGGUACAUCCCGAUAAGAAUCCAGCUCCUGGCUCAGAGGAAGCUUUCAAAUCCGUCUCCAAGGCAUUUCAAUGCUUGAGCAACGAGGAAGCUAGGAAGAAAUACGAUGUCAGUGGAUCCGAUGAGCCAAUCUAUCAACCACGACAAUCUACUAGGAGUAACGGGUUCAAUGGAGGAUACUACUACGAAGAUGAAUUCGACCCUAACGAGAUUUUCAGAAGCUUCUUCGGUGGAGGAGGAAUGCCUCCUGCGACUGCUCAGUUUCGAACAUUCAAUUUCGGAGCUACUCGUCAUAGAACAGCCAAUACUAAUCAAGCUCCUGAUGCAGGUUUCAAUGCUCGUAUACUUCUCCAGCUUCUCCCUGUGAUACUCAUACUUCUCCUCAACUUCAUACCUUCUUCUCAACCAGUUUACUCGCUUUCUUCAACUUAUCCUUACCAUUACAAGUUCACCACACAGAAGGGUGUCAAUUACUUUGUGAGAUCGUCCAAAUUCGAGCAGGAUUACCCACGAGACAGCUACGAUCGACAGACACUUGAAGAACAAGUUGAGAGAGAUUAUGUGUCUAUACUUAGUCAGAAUUGUAGGUAUGAGCUGCAGAGGAAACAAUGGGGAUUUGUUCGCGAAACGCCACAUUGUGACAGGAUGAGGAAUUUUGAGACAGCUUCUGCUAAAACCCACUGAAGCUAGUUACCAAUACGAGUCACAAAAUGGGUAAAUGAUCAGCUUACAAACGUUUUUUUCAUGUCGAUGCUUAAAAGAGUCAGAACUGAUAUAUGCUUUUCGUUUGUUAUUGUUUUGGAUUAUGAUGCUUUAGAACCUAACAUACGAUCCUUGGAUUUUGUGUGAUUAUCUCUGAGUUAAGAUUUUGGUCUUGCUAUAAAAUACUUUUGAGCCAAGAAAAAA